CCUUUCCUUUAUAAACCCCCAACACUGAGAUAACCCUUGGUGAGGAGAGAGACUUGAGCCAUUGAGGGAAACCCACUCCCUCUUCUCUCACUCAACCUCGGUCUUCUCUUCUCAAAGACUUAUACUUUCUCUCUGAGAAACCCAGUUCCAAAGCCCGCAAUUGUCAACUUAUGCAGUAGCAGUAGUAUCAAAGUGCUUCAAUCAUGUUUCGCCAUGCUUCAAGGAACAGUGAUAACAUCAAGUAUUAUGAGGUCCUUGGUGUCCCCAAAACUGCAAGUCAAGACGAGCUCAAGAAGGCAUAUAAGAAAGCUGCUAUCAAGAAUCAUCCUGACAAAGGUGGAGAUCCUGAAAAGUUCAAGGAGUUAGGUCAAGCUUAUGAAGUUCUUAAUGAUCCAGAAAAGAGAGAAGUCUAUGACCAAUAUGGUGAAGAUGGUCUUAAAGACGGACCAGGACGUGGUGGUCCCUCACAUAAUCCAUUUGAUAUAUUUGAAACGUUUUUGAAUCCACGUUAUCGUUCACAUGUAAGAAGGCAGAAACAAGGUGAAGAUGUGGUCCAUACCUUAAAGGUUUCUUUGGAGGACUUGUAUAAUGGCACAACAAAGAAACUCUCUCUCUCUAGGAAUAUUUUGUGUCCCAAAUGUAAAGGGAAAGGCUCAAAGAGCGGAGCAACAGGGAGAUGUUACGGAUGCCGUGGUACUGGAACGAAGGUUACAACACGGUCAAUUGGAUUGGGCAUGUUUCAACAGAUGCAACAUCUCUGCCCUGACUGCCGCGGCUCUGGUGAGGUAAUCAGUGAUAGAGAUAAAUGCCCACCGUGCAAAGGAAACAAGAUUAGUUACGAAAAGAAGGUGCUGGAUGUGCACAUAGAGAAGGGAAUGGAGCAUGGACAGAAAAUUGUCUUUGAGGGACAGGCUGAUGAAGCUCCUGAUACAAUUACCGGGGAUAUUGUUAUCAUAGUGCAACUCAAGGAGCACACCAAGUUCAAGCGGAAGUUUGAUGAUCUUUACAUAGAACACACACUAAGUUUAACUGAGGCUCUGUGUGGGUUUCAGUUUGUGUUGACUCAUCUUGAUGGCAGGCCGCUUCUGGUCAAAUCAAAUCCUGGAGAAGUCAUGAAGCCUGAUCAAUCCAAAGCAAUCAAUGAUGAGGGCAUGCCGCAUCACAAAAGGCCAUUCAUAAAGGGCAUGCUUUUCAUCCAUUUCAACGUAGAAUUUCCAGAUUCUGGGAUUCUUUCCCCUGAUCAAUGCCGAAAUAUAGCGACAAUACUAACACCCAAGCCAAGCAAGAAGCAUUUGACUGACAUGGAGCUGGAUGAGUGUGAGGAAACCACUAUGCAUGAUGUCAAUAUUGAGGAUGAGAUGAGGCGCAAGUCAAAACAACAGUACCGGGAGGCAUAUGAUGAUGAUGAUGAUGAUGAUGAUGAUGAUGAAGAAGAUGAUGAUGACCCCAUGCCACGGGUGCAGUGUGCCCAGCAGUAAGGCAGUUUGUUUUUUAUCCACUUUAUAGGGCAGUAUGGCAGUUGUGGUUAGCUGUUAUAGUCCUGGUUUCGAGAUACUUUUAGGCCUCUAGUAUUCAUUGGUUCUUACACAGAAUUUAAAGUUUGUGAUGAGCUAAGAUGUUAGAAUUGAUUCGAGUCCAAAUGCUUUUGUUUCUUUUCCCUGCUUGUAUACCCAAUAUGAUUCAGUCAAUGGCAGAUUGAUUUUAAAUUUUA